AUGGCCAUCUCUCUGGACUCGUCGAUCCUGGUCUUUGGCGGUGGUGGUACAAUCGGAAGCUCGACUGCGCUACAUCUUGCACGUAAAGGAUACCGCAAUGUUCGCGUUCUAGACGUGUACCCCAUUCCCAGCGCGCAAAGCGCUGGCAAUGACCUGAACAAGAUCAUGGGCACCAGUCUACGCAACUCUGUCGACAAGCAGCUCAGUCUUGAGGCGGAGGAUAUGUGGUCUAACGAUCCGACGUUCUCGCCUUACUAUCAUCGCACGGGUCGGCUCGAUUGCUGCGGUUCGGAAGAAGGUAUUGAGGAUUUGAGGAAGACCGUGAAGAAACUUGAAGAUAAUGGUCUCGGCGAUACCGUCGAGUGGCUGGAUAAUGAAGACGCCAUUCUGAAUCGCGUUCCUCUGCUUUCGCGCGAUCAGAUCCAAGGUUGGAAAGGCCUUUACUUCAAGAGUGGCGGCUGGCUAGCCGCUGCAAAGGCAAUCGACUCCGUCGGUCGGGAGCUGGCAAGUCAUGGCAUCAAGUUCAGCUUUGGCGACUCUGGCGCUUUCGAUAGUCUCAUCCUGUCGGAUGAUGGACAAAGCUGCCUAGGCGCCGUCGCAAAGGAUGGCACAAGGUACUUGGCGGAUAGGGUAGUGCUGGCGACGGGUGCUUGGUCUCCAGUACUUGUAGAUCUUGAGGAGCAGUGCUGUUCUAAGGCCUGGGUAUAUGCGCAUCUACAGCUUACACCCGAGGAAGUCAAGGAGUACGCUGGAUGCCCCGUGGUCUAUAACGAGGAUCUCGGCUUCUUCUUCGAACCUAACGAAUACGGCGUGAUUAAGGUCUGCGAUGAGUUCCCAGGCUUCACCCGUUACAAGAUGCAUCAGCCAUAUGGCGCCUCCGGACCCAAACCUGUAUCUGUCCCUCGCUCACAUGCCAAGCACCCCACCGAUACGUACCCUGAUGCGAGCGAAGUCACAAUACGCAAGGCAAUCGCUACAUAUCUUCCGCGAUUCAAGGAUAGGCCGCUGUUCAACCGAUCGUUGUGCUGGUGCACCGACACGGCAGACGCGAACUUGCUCAUUUGUGAGCAUCCGAAAUGGAAGAACUUCAUCCUUGCAACCGGGGAUAGUGGACACUCCUUCAAGCUCCUUCCAAUCAUCGGGAAACACGUCGUUGAGCUCCUGGAGGGGGCGCUGCAGGAGGACAUGGUCGAUGCCUGGCGCUGGCGUCCAGGUUCCGGUGACGCCCGAAAGUCUCGUAGGGCUGCUCGCGCGAAGGACCUCGCGGAUAUGCCGGGCUGGAAGCAUGACGAGGACCAGACUGACAAGAAGGAGAGGGAACAGUGGGAAGACGCUGUCGAGCGCCUCGCGGCGACGAUGGAUCCUUCUUGUUGCACAGUAUCAUAA